CGGCGGAGAGCGGCGGCGGAGAGCGGCGGCGGAGAGCGGCGGCGGAGAGCGGCGGCGGAGAGCGGCGGAGAGCGGUUGUCCGUGCUGCCGUGAGGUGCGUGUGAGCCGCCGCCGCGCUGUGACGAUCGCGCUCCGUGUUCCGGGCUCGGUCGUUACUCGGCGAGAGGCGGCGAGAGAGCCGAGCGGGGAGAGAGACCCACCAUCCUUCCCGCCGCGCCGCGCCGCUGCCGGUCGCCGCUUCCCGGCCGGCCGGAGGGUGUCCGGCGGCCCGGCAUGGCGGCUGCGGGGCAAGUGCUGUGUGUGUGGGCUUUGCUGGGCGUGGCGCGCGUUCGCUGCGAGCCCAUCCGCUACUCCGUGGCCGAGGAGGGCGAGAGCGGCUCGCCGGUGGGCGACGUGGCGGAGGACGCGGGGCUGGCCCCGGCGCAGCUGUCGGCUCGCCGGGCGCGCAUCGCCUCGCCGGCCGGCCGGCAGCACUUUCGCUUAGAGCGCGGCAGCGGCCGCCUCGUAGUCGCCGAGCGCCUCGAUCGGGAGGAGAUGUGCGGACGCUCCCGCACCUGCACGCUCGCCUUCGAGCUGCUGCUCGCCGACCCGCUGCAGUUCUUUCCCAUUGAGGUGUCCGUGGAGGACAUCAAUGACCACUCGCCGGUCUUCCCGGAUGAACGGCUGACCUUUAAGAUCCCUGAAACCAGCGACCCGGGCUCCCGUUUCCCAGUGGAGGCUGCUCAGGACCUGGACAUUGGCAGCAAUGACAUCCAGGCUUACAGCAUCGUUCCUGAGAACGAGUUCUUCUCUGUCUCCUAUCAGAGAAAAAAUGAGCAUGACGUGCAGGUCCAGCUGGUUUUGCAAAAGCCUCUGGACAGAGAGGAGCAGCCAGAGAUGGAUUUCACUCUCGUUGCUACGGAUGGUGGCUCUCCACUCCGGACUGGAACCACCCAAAUCCACAUCAGAGUUCUGGAUGCAAACGACAAUGCUCCCAUUUUCACACAGGAUUUAUAUAUUGGACACAUUGUGGAAAGUGCCCCUGAGGACUCCUUAGUUCUCCGUGUGAUGGCCACUGAUGCAGAUGCGGGAAUUAAUGGUGACAUUUCCUAUCAGUUCAGCCAAGUGGUGAGCCAGAGCCAGCCGGCAUUUACAAUCAACACAAAAAAUGGAGAAAUUCGAAUAAAAGAGCCUCUUGAUUUUGAGACGAAACAGAACUAUGAUCUCAGUGUGCGCGCAACGGAUGGUGGAGGUCUCUCAGCACUCUGUAAGGUGUUGGUGGAAGUGGUGGAUGUGAACGACAACGCACCAGAGAUCGUGGUCAGUUCCUUCAGCAGCCCGAUCCCUGAGAAUGCAGCACCCGGGACAGUGGUCGCACUCUUCUCUGUCACCGACAAGGAUUCCGGUGUGAAUGGGGAGAUCAGCUGUGCCCUGCAAGAACAGCUGUCCUUCUCCCUGCGGCCAGCGUUUAAGAACUACUACGAGCUGGUGACCGUGAGCGCGUUGGACCGGGAGCAAACGGCACGUUACACGGUGGUUGUCACGGCCGCAGAUGCAGGGUCUCCUCGUCUGAGCAGCAGCCACACGUUCACCGUGGACAUCUGGGACGUGAAUGACAACGCGCCCGUCUUCAACCAGACGUCGUACACCAUGUACGUGCACGAGAACAACGUCCCCGCGCUGCUGGUCGGGGCCGUGCAGGCAAGGGACGCGGACGCGGGAGCCAACGGCAAGGUGAGCUAUUCGCUGGUGGCGGCCGAUCCGCCCGAACGAGAGCCGUGCUCGUGCGUGUCCGUGAACUCCGAGAGCGGAGCCGUGUUCGUGCUGCGGCCGCUGGACUACGAGCAGCUGAGGCAGCUGGAGGUGGUGGUGAGCGCUGCGGACGCGGGGUCCCCUCCCCUGAGCAGCAGCGUCGUCGUCCGCCUGCUGGUGGUGGACGAGAACGACAACGCGCCGCUGGUGCUGCACCCCAGCGCGCAGGACGGCGGCCGUGCUUGGAGCGAGCCGGUGCCCGCGUGGGCCGAAGCGGGGGACCUGGUGAGCAAAGUGGUGGCCGUGGACGCCGACUCGGGGCAGAACUCGUGGCUUUCGUACGGGCUGCUGAGGGCCACGGAGCCGGGGCUGUUUGCCGUGGGCGCGCAAAGCGGGGAGGUGCGGCUGAGGAGGCCGCCGACGGAGAGGGACGCGGCGAAGCAGCAGCUGGUCGUGCUGGUGCGGGACAACGGGCGGCCGCCGCUGUCGGCCACCGCGGCGCUCAGCGUGCUCCUCCUGCACGGCUCCCGGGACGCCGAGCUGCCGCAGCAGAGCCCCGCCGCGCACGACGACGACGGCUCCCUCACCGCCUCCUUGAUCGUCGCCUUGGUCUUGGUCUCGCUCCUGUUCCUGGUGUCGGCGGCGGCCUUUGCGGUGUGCAAGGCGUGCAAGAGCAAGGAGCCGAGUAGCGGGCACGUGCUGUACGGCCCCAGCGGCGUGCAGAGCUGCGUGGCUGAUGGGGCCGCUGCCGGGACCCUGCCCCACGCCUAUUGCUACGAGCUCAGCCUCAGCACGGGCUCGGGCAACAGCGAGUUCCAGUUCCUCAAGCCCGUGCUGCCCAGCCUGCCGGCGCAGCGCUGCAGCACCGGGGUGGCCGGCGACGAUGCCGAGCAUUUCCCUGCUGUCCCUGUCGCCAUGGGGGAUGCUGAUGUCGAGAGCCCCGGCAUGCAGUCUGUGGGACAGUUUCACGGCUUGUAAUUACCACGGGGUCUGCAUUUCCAGCUGAUUCAUGCCUUGUUUAGUGUGGCUUAUAUGCUUUGAUAGUUAACUCCAUGUCUGCUUGUUUAGAUCUGCUUUUGUAGUUUACCUCCCAUUCCACAAGAACGUGAGUGUAAUUGGAAGCUGUGAAUAUUAACAAGGAAACUGGGUGUGUGCUUUCUGAGUCUCCCCUAGAUUUCAGUCCCUCAGCCUUCUAGCUCUGGCCACAACAGAAAUUCCCUGUCUUUCAAGAGGUCCCCAGAAAUGUGUGUUUCUGCUGACAGCCCUUUUGUCAGCUGGAUGAGGACAGAGCCUGCAGGAUGUGAGGGCUGGAUUUGGUGCCACCUGUGAAGCGAGCAGAGUUCAUCAGUUGCAGUGGUUGGCUUCCUGUAGCUGAUGAGGGCUUGCAUGCAAGCAUUUCCAGGCACGCCACUGAGUGAGGAGAGUGGGACCUGCCAAUGCUCCAGCCUGGAAAUUUGUUUGUCCUGCUCUAUUGAAUCUUCCAGCCACGUUCACUCGAUGCACAGGGAGUUGCAGCUUUGCUUUGUGCACAUGGGCUGCAUUCUCUGAUGUUAAUGGAAAUCAAGAGAAGUGCAAGAAGUUUUUUGUUAUAAUUCCCCAUUAUGCAACUUCCCUGUGUGACUUGUUUUGGUUUGUGUUGAAUGCCAUCGGUGUGCAGUGCUGUCUGUUGCAGCGAAAGGUUCUUUUUGUGAGAAGUGCUUUUGUGUAAAUGCUUCAGUAAUUGUAACUUGAGAUGGAGCAAGAGCAGAUAGAGCUGGGGCAGAGCUGGCAUGGCUGACGAUCCUCUGGAAGUGUAGUGGGCAGCAUCUGAGUGUGUGAGAGAGCUUCUGAGGGCUUGGUUGUUUGUAUUUGUCUAGAAUGCCUCGUGUUCCCUCUACUCCCUUAAGCUGCAACAACAACACGGUGCAUGUUUUAUACGUGUCAUGUGAAGACAGGAUUAUGAUGUGUUCUGCGUGUUUCUGGAUUGCCUCUGUAGUGGGGUUCUUUCGCCGGUGCCCAGCUCCUUUCUUGUCCCAUGUGCUGGGUGAUCAUUUGGGCCAUGCUUAUCCGUGUGGGGGAUGCAGAAGUGCAGAGGUGCGGGGCUCAGUGUGUGGGGCAGUUUUCUGGGGUUGCCUUCAUUAGCAGUGAGUCUGCCCAGCCGGUGUCUUAGUGGGUGGAGAAAGGAAGGGCUGUGUGCAAUGGCAUUGAGCUCCAGAGGGAAGCUGCGUUUGCAAUUGGCAUCACACAUUCCCCGACCGCUGAGUGAGAAGGAAGGUUUCCCUGCAUGUUCUCUGAAGGAACGUGAUGAACAGAAAUAUGCAACAGGUUCUGAGAGUGCUGGUCUGGAGCCCUGUGUUGCAAGAGGUGCAGGCAUUGCAUUCCUGCUUUGCAGCGUUGUGCUUCUCCCUGUGUGUGCUGUGUGUUUUGCCUCCUGGUCAUGAUGUCUCUCCAUCCAGCUGUGCUCUUAUCCAGCCACUCUGAUGCAUUCUCCUGCAGCUCAGCUGUUCAACUGGGUCAUUGCUAAGUGCAGCAGCCAGCAAUAGAGCUGCACUCGUGGUGUUGGGACACAGCGUAACACGUGGGUGUGCAGUGUUGUGGCUUGCCUGGGCUGCACUGAGUAAAUAGGAAAGGUGCAGGCUGCAUAGAGAGACAUUGCUCUGAAAGUAAUGCCUCCUAUUUAUUUCCAUGGUAAUAUCAUGUGACAAAUGACACUCUGUCACACUGUUGGAUGGUGCAAUUCACAGCUGGAAAUUGCUUUUUUAAACAGAGUCAAUGUGACAUCUGUGCAUAUUGAACGGUGAUGUACCUGAGCCUGCAUGUUGUGCUCACAAUAAUCUGUAUCAGUGGAGGUGACCCUGUGUUGCUGAUGUUUAAACGCAUCACCCACCACCUCAUGGUGCUCAGCUCCGCUGUCUGGUCUCCAUAAACCUUCAGCAAGCGUUGGUGAAUCUCAGUGGGUGCAAUUGUUUCUGCAUGGAAUAAGUCAGUGAUGCCUGGUUGCCACAUACGCACUUCCUUGUCAGAUGUCAGUUUAUCAGACUGCCCUCUGCAUCCAUCUGUCACGUGGUUACCAAAGAGACUGGGAUGUUGGUGGGAAGGUUCAACCUCUGCUGCCAUACCUUCAACAUCCGCCUUGGAUAUCAUGGGCCACCACAGUAGAAUUGGAGGCAUUACUUUCAGAGCAGCCCUGGAGUUUACAUUAUUGUUACUUUGAAAGGAACAAAACGUUGAAGUUCUUAAUAUUUUUCUUGUAACUUCAAGAAAAUUAAUAAAUAAAGAGGAACAAAACCA